AUAGUUACGUUCGUUAAUACUAUUCUCAACUCAGUUCAUCCUUAAGAGAGAUCCGAGACAUUGGAGUCUGUCCAAUACUAAAGACCUCCAACUAAACCUCCGUCCAACCAGUUGACAAUAAAAUUUGCUCUCUUGCUCUAUCUACGAUUAGUUAUUUCGCUAACUAAGGUCAAUGGUGAAUUAGAAUCAGCGAGUACUUUUUAAGAAGUCUCCUCACCUGUCAGUCGACCGAUUCACUCUCUGACAGCAAGUAAACCGCAAAUUUUUUAUUUAACACUCGUCACCUUUUUUUAUUUAUUAAAAUGUCUACCAAGAAGAAGGUUUGCAUCGUCGGAAGUGGCAAUUGGGGCUCAGCAAUUGCUAAAAUAGUUGGUGCCAAUGCUACUAAAUUUAAUAAUAAAUUUGAAGAACAAGUUACCAUGUACGUGUACGAAGAAAUGAUUGAUGGAAAAAAGCUUACAGAAAUAAUAAACACUCAGCAUGAGAAUGUAAAAUAUUUACCAGGACAUAAACUACCUCCUAAUGUUGUCGCUGUUCCGGAUGUUGUCGAAGCGGCAAAGGAUGCAGAUAUCCUUAUCUUCGUCAUCCCGCACCAGUUUAUCCGCGGGCUGGCUGCAGCGAUGCUGGGAAAAAUAAAGUCCACCGCUGUUGGGCUUUCUCUGAUCAAAGGGUUCGAUUCCAGUGACGGAAAGAGCAUUAAAUUGAUCUCCAAAGUCGUUGAAGAGCAUCUCAAGAUUCCUUGCUACGUUUUGAUGGGCGCUAAUCUUGCCAAUGAAGUCGCCGAGGAGAAAUUCUGUGAAACUACUAUUGGAGUUAGAGACAAGCGUCUUGCACCAGUACUUAGAGAUUUAAUGAUGACACCUAAUUUCCGGGUUGUCUGUGUUGAAGAUUGCGAGGCUGUUGAAGUUUGCGGUGCACUGAAAAAUAUUGUAGCAUGUGGAGCAGGAUUUGUCGACGGUUUAGGACUUGGUGACAACACAAAAGCUGCAGUAAUAAGAUUAGGUCUUAUGGAGAUGAUUAAAUUCGUGGAUACAUUCUACGGUGGAUCAAAACUUUCAACAUUCUUCGAAAGCUGCGGUGUCGCUGAUCUCAUCACAACUUGCUACGGUGGUCGUAAUCGCCGAGUUUGCGAGCAAUUUGUUAAGACAACAAAGUCUAUAAAAGAACUCGAGGACGAGUUACUGGGAGGAAUGAAACUUCAGGGACCAGCAACUGCUGAAGAAGUUAACGGGAUGCUGAAAGCCCAGAACAUGACCGAUAAAUUUCCUCUUUUCACAGCCGUGCAUCGCAUUUGCACGCGGGAGCUCAAACCCACUGACUUGAUUGACCAAAUUCGCAACCACCCUGAGCACGCGAUGAAAAUGGAAGUAAUAGAAGACUAGUUACUCAUAAAUUUAAGAAGCCAAAAUUAAUGUGAUAAAAAUUGUAAAGAAUUAAAAUUGUAAAAUUAAAUUAAUAAAUAUAUUUAUUUAGAAAA